UGUACGGCUUGUUCGUGAGAGUCGCACAGAACUUGCAGUUGUGCAAAUUCCCCGAUCUUUUAAUAAUCUGGAUAUAUUUUGGUCAGUUGUAUGUAAAUCAAAAUGAUUUGAAGAUCGAAUAAUCUGCUCCGCGCCCGGCUCGGGUCCUCUCGACAACCAGCACUGUCUUGUAAUGUUUACUUCUUUCGUGCUUCGGCGUGUCCUCUCGAGCGCUUGUGUAGCGGACUGAUGUAGUGUCUGUUUGCUAAAUUAUUUGACACAAACAGUUCAUAGGUUGGGUAGCUUUAUUCAUACGCUUUAUUCACACGAAGGAUGUCCAUCGUGCACAAUCGAUGAAAAUACUCGAUGUGAAUACACCCAGGUAGUUGCAGCCAUAGUCGAGAACGAAUUGCGAGCAAGAUCCUCGUUCAUGAUGGCGAUGUUUCGCAGUUUUGUGUCGGCUACUCAUCAGCUCAGGCAGCAUCAACAAAACGGGGCAGCCGCGGCUGCCACUGGCGAGAGCCUCGAGAGCCAGUUCUCCUGCCCAAUUUGCCUGGAGGUGUAUCAUAAACCUGUCACCAUUGGAAGAUGUGCCCACACGUUCUGUGGGGAGUGUCUGCAACCUUGUCUCCAGGUCACCUCUCCCCUCUGCCCUCUGUGCCGCAUGCCUUUUGACCCAAAGAAGGUGGACAAGUCCUCCAGUGUGGAGAAACAGCUGUCCAACUACAAGGCCCCCUGUCGGGGCUGCAGCAAGAAGGUGUCUCUGGUCAAAAUGAGGUCACACAUCUCCUCUUGCACAAAGGUCCAGGAACAGAUGGCCAACUGCCCAAAGUUUGUGCCUGUGGUCCCCACUUCACAGCCCAUUCCCAGCAAUGUUCCAAACCGCUCCACCUUUUCAUGCCCGUUCUGUGGAGCCCGCAAUCUGGACCAACAGGAGCUGGUCAAACACUGUAUGGAGAACCACCGCAACGAUCCCAACAAAGUGGUGUGUCCUGUAUGUUCAGCCAUGCCCUGGGGGGACCCCAGCUACAAGAGCUCCAACUUCCUCCAGCACCUGCUCCACCGGCACAAGUUCUCCUACGACACAUUUGUGGACUACAGCAUUGACGAGGAGUCAUCACUGCAGGCAGCCAUGGCCCUGUCCUGUCAAAUCAAAUGUUAAAGUGAGUGACUGUCUGACUCUGUGUUUACAGGACUACAGUAUCGAUGAAGAGGCGGCACUACAGGCAGCCCUGGCUCUCUCCAUGGCAGAGAACUGAGAGUCCUCUGAGUCCCCCAUUCUGCUAUCUGGGGACUCACUUCCAUCCCGACACCCCACUAGCUCUCUUUCUUUCUCUGGAUCCACCCCAUAUCCAGCCCCCUCCACUGUCUCCUCACAGGGAACGUUUGGAAGGACUUGGCCCUGGCCAAGACUCCCACUCUGGGAGAGCUACAGAGAGAUUAUCUCCUAACCCUGUCCCUGAUCCUCUGCCUGGCCCUUCAUCCACUCUGCUCACCUGCUUAACUCGUCCCAUUACAUCAUACUCUCAGCUGGCAGCAGCCCCAACACUUCCUGUAUACUGGGGAGGAGGGGAGCUUGGCCUCCCAAUAAAUGUUGCAUUUUAAAACCACUGCAAUGUAAACCAGUGAGUACAGCAUGGACAUUGUUGUUAUUCUGCAGUAAGUAUGAAGGUUCCCAAAAGUAAUGAUUUAAGGUAUUUUCUUUUACUCUUUGUUUUUCACUGUUCAAAUGAAACUUUUUCAAACUCCAGGAAAAUGCCAUCACUUGACACACGUACCACAGAUUAGUUCUGUUCAAGUUUAUUCUCAAGUUUGAUGGCUUUUUGAUUGAGGGACUACAGUUGAAUGGCUUGACCCCAUUCUCAGUGUGAUAAUCUUACCGCUGGGUGACAGUCUAGACAUGACCAGUUGAACACAGAGAGUGAGGACAUUCUUAUAUCCCCCAUCACGACAACAACACACUCUUAACAUUUGCAACGCGAAUCGAAACAAACUCUCAAACUAUCCCCUUUUUGUAUUCAGAGUUCGUGUGAAUACUUGCACUUGUCACAUUUUUCUACAUAAUUGAACUAUAGAUUGUUCUUAUUUCCCAGUUGAGAAACAGAAUUGUAGUACUCCAUUCAUUCUUCACUCUGCUGAUAUUUUUAUGAAGCACCAGACAAGAUAAAAAAUAUAUUUUUGGAAAAUGUCCCAGUUUCAAAUGGUGUACUAACAAUAAGAAACGUGUUUAUUGGAGAGGUGUUCGUUGUUUUACCACCUUUUUCUAAGUACCCGUUGGUACUGUACUGCUGGCAUCAGUUGUUAGCAGGAGCUUAGAGCCCAUGUGUAAUACGCUCUCAAACACAAGAGGGCGCCCCAGUCUCAAAAUAGACCUGGCAAUAGUCAUUCAAAGCCAUGUUCUUCAGUCAGUGUUACUCCAAGUCAUCAUGUUUAUACCCAUUCACAGUAUUGUGAAGAAUGCCCAUGUGUUGCCUAAAUAUAUGACCUGUUUGGUUUAGUGCCCACUAGGAGAAGUGCAAUAUUAUGACGUGAGUACUGUUGGAUAAGUCUAUCCUUGUGGUUGAGUUGGAUGCUGUCCCAUAAGAGUCCAGUUUUAUGUUAAUUAUUGUCUUGAACACCAAUGUUCCUAGGCCAUUUACCUUUCAGGAUCCGCACUGCACCAAUCUCAGUGGGGUCUCCCCAAAACCCAUUGGUCAUCAGAGCUGUGAAAAUCUGUUUGUAACAGGCCUGGAAUGUGUACGGUAGAUUGAAUCAUUAUGUUCCAAUGGUUUGUGAAAGACGUCCACUUUCUGAUAGCGCAGUAAUUAUUCAAGUUGGAUUGAAACAGAACUGUUCAGAACAGCUGCAUAUUCAAUCUUAUGAGAUCAAUUUCUCUAACGGCACUUUGCUUCAAAGGGAUAAAAUUAUAAAAGUACGUUGCCCCGAAGUAAAUGUCCAAUUAUAAGCCAUGUUUGAGUAGUAGUGUACCUGUUGAGCUAGCAUUGAUCUAUGGAGGUUUAAGAGAAUGUUUAGGUUCACUCUGAUGAAGGAUGCAUUAUGGGAAACUGGUUUGAUUGUUCUUUAUAUAGCAAGCAAUGGAGGAAGAUAUUAUGUAUUGUGAUUAGUUGUUACUAGACUGACUAGUAGAAGUAUAAUGGUCUGUCCAUUUGUGUUUUUCCUUGCUUCCGAGGGGAAUUGUACAUACGGUAGAGAAUGCAACAUUUAGGUUUAGGUCUAACGUUUCACAAGUUAUAUCUUUUUCCCAGAGCAAUGCAUUGAAAUAUUGCACUUUAAUUACGAAAUAUAUUUUGAAGGGUAGGAAUUUUGUCUUUUUUUCUCUUUUACUUUAAUUCGUUCCAAUUUGUCCAUUUCAUGGUGGAUGAUAAUGUAAGUUGUGGCUGUUUUUGUGUAAGAGCAGAAGGAAGGUUUUGUGUAAGAGCAGAAGGAAGGUUUUGUGUAAGAGCAGAAGGAAGGUUUUGUGUAAGAGCAGAAGGAAGGUUUUGUGUAAGAGCAGAAGGAAGGUUUUGUGUAAGAGCAGAAGGAAGGUUUUGUGUAAGAGCAGAAGGAAGGUUUUGUGUAAGAGCAGAAGGAAGGUUUUGUGUAAGAGCAGAAGGAAGGUUUUGUGUAAGAGCAGAAGGAAGGUUUUGUGUAAGAGCAGAAGGAAGGUUAAGUAUGAUCUCAGUCAUAACAUGUUGUUUUGGAGUACUGGGCUGGUAUAAAAUGUAUUUGUCUGUUGUGUCAUUAAUAUUUUAUAGAUGGGUAUAGAUUGCAAAAUCAACUGAGAAAACCAUCCCAGAUGCACAAUAGUGUGGCAUAUCAAAAUGGACUCUCGGCUUAGUCGGAAGUGUUCCUGGAGAUAAUGCAUCCUUAUUUGAAAGACAUCGACAUGUUAUAUUUUCGGUGUUUAAAUGUAAUGUACUGGUUGGUGGCACAGUAUUGACAGCUGUAGCCAUUAGAGAAAAACUGUCGUCACCUUGAGAAGUCCUGAGUUUCUUCUGGGGCACCAAGGAAUUGUCGCGCAUAUUUAAUUUAAUCACUUACUCAGCCUUUUUUACUACCUAAUAAUGAUGCUAUUUUAGAAAUGUAAGGUCAAAGGUAUUGUAUGUUUAGAUCAGCGUUCACGUGCACAGCUGUAGCCCAAUGUAGAUUUUGUAUGGAGUAUACCUCAAAUGUAUACUUUUCACUCUUUGUGUACUGUUGCAUCCAUGCAUAAUGCCACUGUACUGUGCAUCAUCAUCCCAAAUGUCCUGCUUGUGGUCAAAACCAGCCCAAUCUCUGUAAAAUAAACUCAAUGUUGCAGGUCACACACUGAUAGACCACCUGCAACAAAGACAUACACCAAAAAUCCCAAAAACAGGAUGGUGAAAAGGAAAGUAUUUGUAUGAACUUUGUUGGGUCAUUUUCCUCAAGAGGGCCUUACUGAGACUGUCUGUUCUAAUCUUGGUAAGGCUGACAGGAAAUAGACUGCCAUAUAGACCCGUAUCACAGCAAUCAGAGAAGACGGAGCCUGUGUCUCUGACUGUGUCCCCUCCCAGGACUUGGCUGCCCUGAGAGUGUAUGUAAUGUCACUCAGUAUAGACACAGGCUGAUGUUGUCCUCCCCAGGGGGGUCUGCGCUACAGUCUCUUGAAGCAGGACGUUUCCUUCAGGGCCACUGUACCCUAGAGACCCAGCCUGGGGUUUUGGCCCUACUGUCAGGGCCUGUGUGUGUUAAAUGUGAUUUAUGCAUUCUUGAAAAAAAGUAAUAAUACCAGUAAUAACAAUGUGGAUAUUCAAGUUAUAACACUGUUUGAAGUUUAAUAAGAUAUUGUAUUUGUAGCAGAUUUCUUUCCCUCAAUAAAAACACUGACCCAUCCCA